CGUCCCUUUCUACUCUGACUUCAACUUUGCAUUUAAAAGCAGAGGGACUUUCAAAAGUUCUUCAAAAAUCUACUCAAAGCUCAGUUCAUACAUACGUCUUCCCAUCUUUAUUCUCCCUUGAAUUCAACGUUAUUGAUUUCUUCUGGUGAUCUAUCAAUUACUCUUCAUCAUCUCCGAGAUUCAGCUCGAUCACAAAGAAAUUCCGUUUUUACUCAAUUUCUUUUCCGAAUUAAAAAAAAAGACAAUCGAUUCUGUAAUAAAAAAGCUCAACCAGAAUUUCAGUAUUACAAGAUCCGAUUAGUGACCACAACAAACAAUUUUCACUUACAGGAGUUUGUAAAAAUGGCAAUAAAGUCGAAAGAAUUCGCAAAAGGCGAUCUGCCAGAGGAAUUGAAGAAAUUACUUAAGGCAGUAGCGUUAGAAUGGGGAGACAAACUGGAGGACAUGGAAGAAGGUCUGCAAGUGAGUCGAUUAACAGGAGCGAUGACGAACGAAGUGUACCAAAUGAAAUGGAGCUCAAAAACUGGAGCGCAACCACGGAAGGUUCUGGUGAGAAUGUACGGAGAAGGAGUUGAGAUUUUCUUCAAUAGAGAUGAUGAGAUCAGAACGUUUGAAUGCUUGUCGAAACAUGGCUAUGGACCUCGUCUUCUUGGCCAAUUCUCUGAUGGAAGAAUUGAAGAGUUCAUCCAUGCCAGGACGCUAUCAGCAAGUGAUCUCCGAGAGCCAAAAAUAUCAGCACGGAUAGCAAGUAAAUUGAGAGAAUUUCACAAUCUUGACAUGCCUGGUCCAAAAACGGUUGUCCUUUGGGAUAGAAUAAGAAAUUGGCUAAGUGAAGCCAAAAGAUUAAUUUCACCAAGUGAAGUGGAAGAGUUUUGUUUGGAGACAUUGGAUGAGGAAAUAGACUUGCUUCAAAGGGAAAUCUCAAAAGAUUCUCAACCCAUUGGCUUUUGUCACAAUGACUUGCAAUACGGCAACAUCAUGAUGGAUGAAGACACAUCAUCAAUAACCCUAAUUGAUUAUGAGUAUGCAAGUUACAACCCAAUAGCUUAUGAUAUUGCAAAUCAUUUCUGUGAAAUGACAGCAGAUUACCACUCUGAGACUCCCCAUAUUUUGGACUACACUUCAUACCCAGAUCUUGAAGAACGUAAAAGAUUUGUUCGUGCAUAUCUCACCUUAUCAGGUGAAAAGCACACUGAAGAAGAAGUGGAGCAGCUAGUAGAGGAUGCUGAGAAAUACACUUUAGCAAAUCAUCUCUUCUGGGGCUUGUGGGGAAUUAUUUCAGGACACAUAAACAAGAUUGACUUUGACUACUUUGAGUAUGCUAAGCAGAGGUUUGAUCAAUACUGGCUAAGAAAGCCUGAGCUCUUGGUUUCUUCUGUUGUUAAUCACUUUUAUGAUCUCAUGAUAAAUUGAUAUCAACAAAGUGUUUCAAAUAUCACAUAUAUGAAUUUGAAGAAAGAUGACAAGACUGAACUGUACAUGUUCAAAUUUACAAUAAAAAUAAGUUGCAUUAAGUGAAAACAUGUGGAAUUCAAGAAGAAUCAAGCUUUGUUAAGGAACAAGACUUCAAGCUACUUCAAACUGGCGCUUCAUGUAGCCUUGCAUAGUUACAAAUUCAUGGUUUUUUUUUUUUUUUUUAAAAAAAACAAACACUUCCAGAUGUAUGAUAUCUACUAAAAUAUAUUUUUCAGUUUAAAGUUUUCUAUUUGCUUUUUAGGCUACAUUUACAUAAUGGCUAAUUAUGAUCAUAAAGUUGGAAGGUGACAACUCUUGAAAUGCCUCCUAGAAUUUCUAGAUUUUCAUUUUGAGGCUACAUAAAAUUAUGUAAUUUGUAUUUACAAAUAAUAUUUGAAGAUGUAGCAAUUUGAGUUUUAAAUCAUGGAAGCUUUUUUA